UUCAUCAUCUUUAUCAAUAAACCAUAUCCUCCUUCCCAACUCGAAUAUGUAAAACCAUCUUAAAUAUCUGACAUUUUAUCAAUCACACGCAUGAUGAGGGAUUGAUAAAUAAUAUAGUUAUAAUUUCCCCAACUGUAAUUCCUUGACUUACAUAUGAUGGAAGUCUUAAUAAGACUUGGCAAACUUAGGGCGAGAUCUCUCCAAAUAACGCCAACUAAUCCUUUCAAGACAACUUCGACAAGAUCUGCAGAUCACACGAACGGAGACGGCGUUGAGGGCGACGAAUCCCUUGAAGAACAGUUUGGUUUGGGUAGGGCUGAAACCGAAUUCCCCUCCUGGACGGUGGGUCGUGGUAUUCGUGGUGGUAACGACGCUGUUGCUGCUUUCUCCCAGCAAUCCUCAAUCCCCAUCCCUCUUCAACACGAGGAGGGAACUUCUUCCCCUUUGACAGAGUCAUACUCACGCACCCCUCGACCCUCAACUUCCUUCAAGGAGUCCAAGUUUGCUAAGGUUUUGGGAUUUGGUUUCUUUAAAGCUGACACUGGACCUCCCGUAAAUAUGGGUCAAUUUCCGGUCGAAGUCCCAUUGUCGAGUGAGGAUGGCCAGCAGCAGCAGCAACAACAACCACAGCAGGAUAGUGCGUCCAGGGGUCAUCGCAUGUCAAAUCCUAUCGAGCCAAGUUAUUAUCUGAUUGGGAUGCGGAUGGCAGACACGCAAUGGGCGAUGAACUAUCAAGAAGGUGCCAUAUAUUUAGAAGAGGGUGCAAAUAAUGAUCAGUUUUCCACUCAUCCGAAACGCAAAGAAUCCUUACCGGCGUAUAUAAUGGCGCAUACUUCUUGGUUUUAUGUACUGGACCUGUUGGCGUCUUUAGUUUUACUUUCGUUAGCUUUGACGGAACCUCCGGCCGUAGAUAUGUUGGAGCUACCACUGGGAGUACACGCAUCAUUAGAACUGGGUGCACUAGCCGUUAUAGCGUUAGGCUUAAUUCUAAAACUACGAUGGCUAGGAAUUUCGACGUUAUUUUCACAUAAGCGGACUUUAAUUAAGACAUUAACCAUGGUGGUGAUGAUCAUAGAAGCUGUAGCCGUUUUAUUACGUCAGUCCUCCCAUGUGAGAAUAACUCGUGCCUUGCGCCCCAUUUUUCUCGUCGAUAAUCGUUAUUGUCGCGGUGUGAGGAGGUUCACUCGAGAGGUCUUGCAAACGCUUCCUCCAAUCAUCGACAUGUUGUUACUACUCUUUUUCUUCAUUUUGACUUUCACCUUGCUGGGUCACUUUUUGUUUGGACACGCGGACGGAACGACGGAUCCAUUUUUCAAGUCGUUGGACAUCUCAUUCGUUAAUCUCUUUGUUCUACUGACGACAGCCAACUACCCUGAUGUAAUGAUGCCAUCCUACAAUAGAAGUCGUUGGUCUGUCCUCUUUUUUGUGGCGUACCUUGUUACAGUGUUGUACUUGUUUAUGAAUUUGCUUUUGGCCGUGGUUUACGAUACAUUCACAACAUUGGAAAAAGAAAAAUUCAGAAAAUUAGUUGUUCACAAGCGUCAAGCGUGUCAUUACUCUUUUAAUUUACUUGUCUCGAAAUCCAAUCCGAAUGGCAUUAUUUUUCGUCAUUUUUAUGGGAUGAUGACGCAGUUUGCGCCAAAGAAAUCUCUUCGCGAUAUUUAUCUAACUUUCAAGGCCUUGGACAAAUCCGGAGAUGGUAUUUUAAGUCGCGAAGAAUUUUGUCGGUUUUAUGAAUUUGCGGAUUUAAAGUGGGAACCCCAACUCAAAAACAAUUCAGGCUUCCAGCGUCAAUGGAUUUUCUGUGCGGAUUUAGGCGUGAAAGCUCAAAGAUUCUUAAAUUCUCCAUAUGCUGACCAUCUAUUCAACGGCGUCAUAAUUUUGAACACUGUAGCAAUGGUAGCAAGAUGGGUGCAGGGAGGAUAUUCUUGGGAUUCGUAUGUUUUUGCCACAUGGUUUAUGAUCGAAAUGGGAUUGAAAAUUGCUGCCUGGGGUUCUGAACGGGUCUUCUCCUCAGGAUGGCACACUUUCGACUUAAUAGCGUCUGUCCUGUUUAUCUUUGCCAUAAUAUUCGUCGAAUUUCUCAAAAGUUGGAGCGAACUUUUAACGUUUGUCCGACCACUGAGACUGCUUCGAUUAUUUAAGCUCAAAAAAAGAUACCGUGACGUUUUUGGAACACUGUUCAUCCUAAUUCCACCCAUGUCAUCAGCGGCCUCAGUAAUACUCUUACUUUACUACGCCUACUCCAUCGUGGGAAUGGAGCUAUUUGCCAACAUUCCUCUGAGAAAUUGCUGCAACGGAACUUUAUUGGAACCGUACUACGCGGACGAUGGACUAAACACGACUUUCCAGUUACAUUAUUAUUUAAAUACUUUUUCCAAUUUGGCUGCAAGUUGGGUCACACUUUUUGAAUUAACGGUUGUCAACAAUUGGUACGUAAUUAUGGAAGGACACGCCAUGGUGACUUCUGGUUGGAGUCGUCUCUACUUCAUGUCCUUCUACUUGGUCACGAUGGUCCUGAUAACGAUCAUUGUCGCAUUUAUCCUGGACACGUUUCUCUUCCGCAUCCAGUACAAACGUGCCAUGGAUAAGAAGACUGAGGAGAAAAUGCUCAGAACGGAAGUUCCUCUGACUGGAGAGGAAAUUGACUUUUGCUACCGACAAUAUGCUGACGAGCCGACCAAGAGGGCACACAUUUUACAAGACUACGGGGAAGACCUGGCUGUGAAAGGGUGUGUCCAUUAUGUUGGGUUUAGACGAAGAACGAAAGAAAUUUUAUUCAAGAGAAUGUUCAAAAAUGAAAUUCCUGACUGGUUACGAGAGACUGAGCCUGUACUAUAGAAUUAGAAUCUUAUACUUAUAUACAUGAUAUAUUUAAAUAUAGUGAAAGACAAUAUAUAUUUAUCAACAAAAAGUCCAAAGUACUAAAAGUGAACAGUGCAAUAAUAUUGAUACAUAAUAGGUAAUAAUAAAUAUGUGCAUGCCUAUCUCACCAUAAUUCUAUGCAAUAAAUCAGUGCAAACACUUUACACAUAUGUAAGUAAGCUAUACAUAUGUAUAAACGCAAGGCAAUAAAUAAAUAGUUAUGCAACGAUA